GACCAAUGAGAGGUUAGCGGAAAUAGCGACUAAACAGUUUUCAAUUUGAAAUCCAAACGGCUACGAGAGAUCAUUGCGUGGGGGAGUGUUCAUUUGCUGUCUAUUUUUCAUUUCCGUAUUUAAAGAAAAAGUGUAUUGGAUCCAUGAACAAAGAGAAUACAUCAUCUCGCCUCCCAGUUAUGUCUGGGAAACGGGUGCUCACCUCUAGCAUGGAUGGGGAGCAACAACAGCCUGCACAGAAGAAGAUGCGCAAGGUGAAUGCAGAGCUGCCGAGGUUUAAACCUGCUGCCAGCGUUGCGCCCCCAAGACGACCGGUUGCAAUCAAUGCUCCUGUCAAACCUCUUCGUCCAACUGGAGCUGCAACAGUCGCUGUUGCCCCCUCAAGAGGUAUUUCCAAAGGUGACAAUAAAAGACCCAUUGCAGCGGUUGCUAAAGCAACUGCAGGUUCAGGUGUGUCCCGAAGGCCAGGAUGGGACCUGAAGGGUAAAGUCAGUGACAUGGAGGCCAAAGUCCAAACUUACCAGAGCAAAGUGAAAUCUGUAACUCAGGAAAACGACAGUCUAAAAGACUCAAUUUCCAACGCCCAAAAGAGAGAAGCUGAAAUAAGAGAGGAAUGUAAUCGUGUCAAAAAGCGUCUCGGGGACUGUGAAGAGGAGCUGGUAAAGCUGGCUACUGUGAGAGAUGACCUGGAGCAAACAUCUAAAGAGAGGGAUGGUCUUAAGAAAAACCUCAAUAAGCUUACUGAGGAACACAAGGUUUUGGAAGGUCUCCGGGAUCAUUUGGAGUCUGAGCUCCGCAAUGUACAGACUCAACUCUCCAUUCAGACAUCUGCAUUGGGUCGGUGUCAAGACAGUCUGAAGGAGUGUCAGGAAAUGGUCCGGAACCUCGAAGAGACAGUGGUCCGUCAACGGGAAGAGCUCCACUUUGGAGAAAUGGAGCGAAGGAAACUCCACAACACCAUUCAGGAGCUCAAAGGCAACAUCAGAGUCUUUUGUAGAGUCCGCCCACUGCUGACUGGCAAUCAGUCUGAUAUUCUGCAUAUCCAGUUGCCUGUCCAUGACAACAAGGCUCUCACGCUGGCCAAAAUGGAAGAGUCACACACAGGGCGCACAGCCGACACACAGAAAAGUUAUAACUUCAGCUUUGACCGCGUUUUUGGUCCACGGACCACUCAGAGCGAGGUUUUUGAAGAGAUUUCCCUGCUAGUCCAAUCAGCUCUGGAUGGCUACAACGUUUGUUGCUUUGCAUAUGGUCAAACGGGCAGUGGGAAGACAUUCACCAUGGAAGGGGGCGAAAUGGAGGACUUGUGGGGUGUCAUCCCACGUGCCGUCCAGCAAAUCUUUAAGUCUGCCAAAGCACUCUGUGAGCAAGGGUGGGAGUACACCUUCACUGCCAGCUUCGUGGAGAUCUACAACGAGACCCUUCAAGAUCUUCUGUAUACGGGAAAACCGAACAAGAGACUUGAGCAUGAAAUCAGGAAGGUCUCCAACACCGAGAUCACAGUCACCAACCUGACCUACCAAAAAGUCAACAAUGAGGAUGAGGUACACAACUUGAUCAGGUUGGCAAACCAAAACCGGUCCACUGCCCGCACCUGCAUGAAUGAUCACUCCUCACGUUCUCACUCUGUGUUCCAGCUAGACAUAGAAGGAGAGAACUCUGAUAGAGACACCAAAUGCAAGUCUAUACUGAGUCUAGUGGACUUGGCUGGCAGUGAAAGAGUGCAAAAGAGUCAGUCACAAGGAGAACGCUUCAAGGAAAUGACUGCCAUUAAUUCUUCCCUCACCAACCUGGGAAUUGUGAUUGCUGCUCUGGCCAACAAGGACAGCUUUGUUCCCUACCGUAACUCCAAGCUCACCUACCUCCUCCAGAACUGCCUUGGAGGCAACAGCAAAACUUUGAUGUUUGUAAAUAUUUCCCCUGAGGAAGAGAGCUUCAGUGAGUCCCUGAAUUCUCUUCGCUUUGCAAGCAAGGUGAACGACUGUGUCAUCGGAACAGCCUCCGCUAAUCGGAAGUAGCUUGGCCAUACAUUUCCAUAUUACCCUGUUGUGAUUUUUAAAUGUCUGUGUGUGUUCUUUUUGUUUGUUGUUUUUAUCCCCCUCAUUUAUUCUAUAUUUAACGACAUCCCCCCUGUCUGUCUUUCGGUGUACUUUUACAUUUCUUUGAUACAUUUUAAUGUGCAGUCUGGCAAUCUUUUUAGAUUUCUGAUUUGCAGACAAUUUAUCAAUGUUCAUCUGCCAUCAAAUGCAUAUUGUACUUAAACUUGUAAGAAAACGUUAAUAAAUUCUCCAUUUCGGCGUGUAAUGCAGAAGUGAGCAUGAUUAUGAUGCCAAGUUGACAAAGUUUAAUCAUAAUUUUUUUUUUUCUUUGCUAAGGAUGUUUUUUUUUGUUUUGUUUUUUUUUACACGUUAGUAAAAUUAAUUUAGGCUGUAAAAGUUUUAGCUAUGGAAAUGUGUUUUUCUAUUACAAAUUUUUUAAAUGGAAACCACAUUUUGUCAAAAUGCAAAAGUUACUAUAAAAUAGGUACAUUGGUAUUAGCCACUGUUAUCAAAAGGAA